CAUGUCAAAGAAUCAUCGCCGCACAUGCGCAAAGCGAUGGCUAUUGUGAAUCUCUGAUGGCGUCCCCGUUCAAAGUCCGCGCAUGCUCUGUUUGGAGCAUUGAGGCAUACCUUCUUCUACGCCCCUUCGAAAACUAGGGCGGGUUCUGCGCGUGCAUGUUGCGGGCGUUGUCGAUGUGGCAAAUUCUAGCGCAUGCGUAUUCAUGGUCUCCUAACUGCGUCACAAUCUUUUGAAGCUUUAAAAUUUAUAUUUUUUAAAAGCAUACGAUUUAGGUUUAAAAUAGAAUGGAGCUACCGUGCUUUGAUUUAAAUUUAAUAUCGGAUUUAAUCUAUUAGAAGUUAAUUUUGGGCGGGGUCACUCGCUCCAUGCUUUGUUCUCUAUCCGCAGCGCGCCGAGACGGGAGGAGGGAUCUUGGCGAGGGAGUGGCCUCAUAUAAAAUACUCUGCGCGCGCCCUGGUCGGCCAUUCUGGGGUCUGUUUAAAGGUUUGGCUUUGGUCGUGAGAAACUGCUGAAUUUACUUCGGGAAACAAAGGGAAAACAUUCCCCACAGUUGAGCCUCUGAGAAGAUACACAAAAAAAGCCAGCUAGCAUUUUCGAUCGCCUGUCUUGGGAAGCUGUUAACGUUCUUUAUGACUUGAAGGAGAACAACUGCCACUAAAAACAUAAAAAAACCAAAAUUAAUAUUUACCAACAAUCCUCCCUGAGCUUUUUUAGCAAGCAGCUUUUUGUUUCUUCAUUGACCAUCAAAAAAGUUGCUAUUUUUAAAAAAUGAGCAAUACCAAAUUCAUUUUUUUCUUUAAAAACAAAGCUUAAUCCAAAAAAGCUAAACCUUGAGGCGCUGUGGACGAGAAAAAUAAUUGGAUAUCUUUUCCACCAUGGGCUCCAGACCAAUAGACCCAAAGGAACUCCUGAAAGGACUGGAUUGCUUCCUUGGCAAAGAUGGAGAAGUGAAGACUCAUGAAGGCAUCACUAAAAUUUUCAGUUUAAUGAAAGAUGCUCAGAAGAUGGUCAGUCGCUGUAUUUACCUGAACAUCUUGUUACAGACCCGGACACAAGAAAUCCUGUCAAAAUUCAUCCAGGCUGGUGGCUACAAACUCCUCAACACCUGGUUGACCAGCUCAAAAGCUUCAAACAAUGUGCCCCUGCUUCAGCAGAUCCUGCUUACACUGCAGCACCUACCCCUCACAGUAGAUCACCUGAAACAGAAUAAUACUGCCAAGCUGGUGAAGCAGCUCAGCAAGUCCAGUGAGGAUGAAGAGCUUCGCAGGCUGGCUUCCAUACUGGUCAGUGACUGGAUGGGUGUUAUCCGCUCUCAGAGUAGCUCACAACCUACAGAGCGAGACAAGAAAAAGAGGAAAGAGGAGAGUAAAAGCAAAGCAGUUGUUCAAGAGAAGCCUCAGGAAACCAAAUCGGAAGCCAAGCCUGAGGAGACCCCCGAGAAAAAGAAAGAGAAGCCGAAAUCUCUGCGCACUACAGCACCCAGCCAUGCCAAGUUCCGUUCAACUGGUUUGGAAAUGGAGACUCCAUCGCUCAUUCCUACAAAGAAGAAUGCCAACAUGGCCGUAACCGCCGAGAAAUACAACCUUAAGCCAAUACCACUGAAGAGGCAGAGUACAUCCAUCCCAGCUGGGGACAACCCACCAGCUGAGAAGAAAUACAAGCCUCUCAACACCACUCCAAAUGCCACAAAGGAAAUUAAAGUGAAGAUCAUCCCCCCACAACCAAUGGAAGGUUUGGGAUUUUUGGAUGCCCUAAAUUCCGCCCCUGUCCCAGGGAUCAAGAUCAAGAAGAAAAGGAAAGUCUCGUCUCCAACAGCUGCUAAGCCAAGUCCUUUUGAAGGGAAGCCAGCCCCAGAGACCAGUACUGCCAAGCCAUCAUCACCAGAACUGACUCCUGUAUCAGAGCCCUUGGAUGCAGAUAGACCUGGCACUCCAGUACCAGCUGUGGAGGUUCCUGAGCCCACAGAGACAAGCUCUUCUGAGCAGGGUGGGUUGCUGGAUCCCAAACCAGCAGAGAGCCCAGUUGAUUCAACGCAACUGACAAAGAAGGGCAAGAAGAAGAAGACAGUGAGCUGGCCUGAAGAGAGUAAACUGCGGGAGUAUUUCUACUUUGAACUGGAUGAGACAGAGCGGGUCAACGUGAACAAGAUCAAGGACUUCGGCGAGGCAGCCAAGCGAGAGAUGCUGAUGGACCGCCAUGCCUUUGAGACUGCCCGUCGGCUCAGCCAUGAUGCCAUGGAGGAGAAGAUCCCCUGGGUCUACCCAAAGCCCAUCGACUUGCUUGCCCCACUAGUGCAGCCAGGAAGUGGCAGUCAAGAGAAAUUCACUCAAGCUGAACGCGAGAAAGGCAUUCUACAGGAGAUCUUUCUGUCAAAAGAGAGUGUUCCUGACAGUCCUCAUGAGCCUGACCCAGAAUCUUAUGAGCCAGUGCCCCCCAAGCUCAUCCCUCUGGACGAGGAAUGCUCCAUGGAUGAGGCUACCUACGAGGAGAGACUCGACCCAGCCACCGCCUCGCAGUCUCCGGAUGGAGCUGGGGGCUCCAAGCUGCCCCCGGUCCUGGCCAACCUCAUGGGCAGCAUGGGGGCAGGCAAGAACCCUCAGGGCCCCAACCCCAACUCUUCUCUCAACGUACAAGAGAUCCUCACUUCUAUCAUGGGAGGCUCAAACAAUCAUAAAACGGAAGAAUUGAUGAAGCAACCAGAUUAUUCAGACAAAAUCAAGCACCUGCUGGGCAAUUUACAGGGACAGCCUGGACCAGGUCCUUCAGGAGUUCCACAUGGGCUCCUUGGACCAGGACCUGGCCCAGUUCCUAAUGGAUUCCCACAAGGGCCAAAGAAUAUGCAGCACUUUGCUCCUGGAGGGCCAGGACCCAUGCCUGGACCACAUGGAGGCCCAGGAGGCCCUAACAUGCCCCCAGGCCCUGGUGUACCGAGCGGGCCUCGAAUGAUGGGUCCACCUCCUCCACAGUGCAAUGAUGGCUACUGGGACCCUCCAGAUGGUGGAAUGCGUGGUGGGCCCCAUGGAGGCAUGAGGGGUGGCAGCCCUGGCCCCGGCCCCAGUCCUUUCCAUCGUGGGCGUGGUGGCAGAGAGCCCCCUUACCGUGGGCGUGGAGGCGGACGCAAUGGUGGGCCCCCUAACGGCAGGGGUGGACCUCCAAACAGCAACAUGGGUGGUGGCCAUGGAGGGGGACACGGAGGUGGUGGUGGCCACGGAGGAGGCCAUGGCGGUGGCCACGGCGGUCAUGGAGGAGGGGGACACCCUGGAGACCACGGCAGGGGACAUCCAGGAGGCCACCCAGGGGACCACAGCAGGGGCUAUCCAGGAGACCACGGCAGGGGACAUCCAGGAGGCCACCCUGGGGACCAUGGAAGGGGACAUCCAGGGGACCACGGCAGAGGUCAUCCAGGGGACCACGGCUGGGGGCAUGGAGGAGGCCAUGGUGGAGACAGGUCAAAGCGCCCCGUAUGUCGUCACUUCACAAUGAAAGGCAGCUGUCGAUAUGAGAACAACUGUGCCUUCUACCACCCUGGAGUGAAUGGGCCGCCAUUGCCCUAGCCACAAGGACCUAUUCCUCUUUGCCUCUAUCUUUUAACUGUGGUGUCAGUGCACAUUCCUAUGCCAUGGACUAUGGGGGCUUGAACCCCCAGCUCUGGACUCUUGCUGCAUCCACCAUUUUAUGGCUUCUGUGAGGCCCUUUGAAUGCUUGGGGCAAGAGGAAGUGGCUGAUCCCUCUUGCCAUAUCUGCUGCUACUGGUGAAAUGCCACAACCCACAGAAGAGGAACCACUGGGAGAGGAACCUUCUCCCUCUUGUUUGUGGGGCAAGGAGGCAACCAAUGACUUGAAAGCACAAGAGACUUGUGGAUUUUUUUUUAACUAUUUGUGUAAAUAGCCCUAUGGAAACCAGCAAAGGAAGAGGGGACACUCCACCACACAGUUCUGCUUGGGUUCUUUGUUGUAUUCUGUCUGCAGGUUCCCAAGCACCAGACCUGCACUGAGAACUUUUUGCUUUGGUCUGGAGAAACAGCUGGAAAAUUUGGCUCUUUUAGGAACAUGCGUGUGAGACAGAUAGAAGUGAAGCAGCUGCCUGUAGAUCAGUUGGCUUUCCUCUAUGGGAUCUUUACUGUGCCUAAAGACCACAUGGGGUGUGGGGGGAAUUCCAGCAGCUGCCCCAUUGCACAAUAUCCUCUUUACCCAUAGUGCCCCACCUUCUCUUUGUAAAGUGCCCCCUGCAGUGCCCCCACUGACUGCAGAGAUACAAUUUCCCUUGGUGCUAAGGCUGUCAUUGGGGGAAAUCUACCAACUGUUUUCUGUGAAAACUCAACUCUAAUAAUUUUGAGGGGGAGGGGUAACUUUUAUUUUCCUGAUUACAUUGUUGUUGGCUAUGGGUUGUUUUCUUUUUCUUUUUAACUGGCUCACAAGAUGUGGACUCUUCACUACAUCUUUUGUCUCUUUACUCUUCCCCCUCCUCGCCCCUAGUGGGUGCAGCAGUCUCUCCUGAGGGGAAGAGAUGUUUCCCUCUGUGUUUUGUAUAUUUUGUACAUUAGUAAUAAACAUGAUGGAAAAAAAGACAUUCUCUAAUUUAA